AUGCAAUCUAGCGAUGCUGUUCGAGAAUCAGAAGCUGAGCGUAUGAAAGCGUCGAUUUCCUCUUCUACAAAAUUGGUUAAUUCAGUAAAUUCGAAUGGCGUUCAUGACGUUGUUAAUGGAAACUCUGAUAAAGCACUAUUACCGACUGUUAAACUUUCACAAGACGAACAAGAUGUAGUUAGGCUGAUUGGUCAGCAUUUGCUUUCGUUAGGGUUAAACCGUGCUGCUGAAGAAUUGGUCCUCGAAUCAGGCUGCAUGUUGGAGCACCCUAUAGCUGUGAAAUUUAAAGUGUGCGUUUUAGAAGGGAAUUGGGAUAAGGCGGAGACACUUCUUUCAGAAUUUAGACCUAUGCUAAAGUCUGAAAAGAAUUUAAAGAAAAUUAGAUUUCUUAUUUUGGAACAAAAAUACUUAGAACUUAUUGAAGAUAAUAAAGAAAUUGAUGCAUUGAUUUGCUUAAGAAAUGAAAUUACUUCAUUAAAGUAUAGUAUUGAUAGAGUCCACGAAUUAAGUCGGUUAAUAAUGUGCAGUAACAAAGAAGACUUGCGAAUACAAGCCAGUUGGGAUGGAAAAGGCGCCCUAUCGAGACAAAAGCUUAUGGACAAACUUCAAGGUUAUAUUCCGCCAACAUUACUGUUACCUCCUAAUCGAUUGCGGAUGCUGUUAAGACAAGCGAUGGAUUUACAUAGAGAGAGAUGCUUAAUUAAUAACACUAAGAUUACUGAAGAAUCAUUACUGGCUGACCACUCUUGUAAUAGGCAUAAUUUACCUUGUAUAACGAAACAAAUUUUAACUGAUCAUAGUGACCAAGUUUGGUAUGUUCAGUUUUCACACGAUGGCCAAAAAUUAGCUACUGGAUCUAAAGAUACUAGUGUAAUAAUUUGGAGGCUAAAUAAUGGAAAGUUUGAAAAAGUGCAAAAAUUUAAAGAUCGUGCUGACUGUGUUAGUUUCUUGGCAUGGAGUCCUGACGAUAAAUAUUUGCUCAUUUGUGGUCCUGAGAGCGUUUCAGAUGCAACUGUUUUAAACGUUGAGACCGGUGAAGUCCAGUGUAGGGUACACAAUUAUUCAGAAGACCAAUUAAUGUUGGGUGAUUGGACAAAAGAUGGUCAAAAAUUUGUAGUAGCUGGUCCGAAGGGCCAAUUUUAUGAAUGUAAUUUAGAAGGGACUGUGCUUAAAUCGUGGGAUGGGGUUCGUGUACAAGGCCUUCGAUGCCAUAAAGAUGGUAAAACUGUACUUGCCGCGGAUACCCAUAUGCGUAUUAAAUCGUAUAAUUUUGCAGAUAAAACAGAUCGAUUUAUAUUACAGGAAGAUCAUCCUAUAAUGUCGUUUGACCAAUGUAAAAGUGGACGCUAUGUCGUAUUAAACAUGUCUGGUCAGGGGCUACAUUUAUGGGAUAUCAAGACUAGUUGUCUAGUUCGUAAAUUUAGAGGUGUAAAGCAGGGAAAUGAUGCAAUAUUUUCCUGCUUUGGAGGAAUAGACGAUAGUUUUGUGGCCAGUGGUAGUGAAGAUCAUGAAGUUUACAUAUUUCAUGUAAGGCAUGAGUCACCUGUAGCUGUGUUAUCCGGCCAUACUAAGACAGUAAAUUGUGUUAGUUGGAAUUCCAAUGAUGUAAACAUGAUUGCUUCGGCUAGUGAUGACGGUACUGUACGUAUUUGGGGUCCAUCGGAUUCUGAUAAUGAGGACGAAUGUACCUACUUUUAG